AUGAGAAUAUCUGCUGGUUUACAGGUUUCAAAUCCUAAACUUGUUUGCAAAUUAAACAAGUCACUUUAUAGGCUGAAGCAAGCUUCUCGUCAAUGGAAUGCAAGGCUCACUGCAGCCCUUCAAUGCAAAGUCUAUUCUCAUUCUUUAAACGAUUACUCACUCUUUUUUAAGCACUCUCCUGGUGGUGUUUGCAUUCUUGUCAUCUACGUUGAUGAUAUUUUAAUAACAGGGAAUGACUUAACCGAACUGGCUGUUCUAAAGGUGUUUCUUCAUCAGGAGUUUAAGAUCAAAGACCUAGGUCUUGCUCACUAUUUUCUUGGAUUGGAAUUACUCAGAGAAAAGCAAGGUUUGAUAGUGACUCAGCGAAAAUUUACCUUUGAUCUCUUAUCUGAAUUUGAUUGUCUCAACAAAAAGGCUGCUUCUUCUCCGAUUGAACCAUCUACAAAGCUCCAAGCUGAUGUUGGUGAGCUUCUCUCAGAUCCUACUGUAUAUCGCCGUCUUGUUGGAAAGUUAAAUUUUUUAACUCAUACACCGCCAGAUUUAUCCUUUGCGGUUCAACACCUCAGUCAAUAUGUGCAGUCACCACGAAUGCCUCAUCUCCGGGCUGCUAUGCAUUGUCUUCGGUAUUUAAUUGGAAACCCUGGUCUUGGUUUGUUGUUCCGGUCUGCUUCUUCUUUUGACUUGCAAGCUUAUUGCGAUUCUAAUUGGGGUUUAUGCCCGGAGACACGUCGUUCAAUCAACGAAUAUUUCGUCAGUUUUAGGGGUACUCUAAUUUCAUGGAAAUCAAAGAAGCAACCUUUGAUUUCCCUCUCAUCUGCCAAAGCCGAGUACCGAUCGAUGCGCCGGGUAGUUGUUGAGAUCACUUGGCUUGUUCGAUUAUUAAUAGAUCUUACUAUUUCUCCUUCACUACCGGUAUUACUUCGCCUUCUAUACAAUCCCAAACCCAAAUAUCUUAUUGUUCUGAAUUCUUGCAGGGACCUGUUGGAUAAGCUGCCAGAAAUGCAGAUUUGCUACAAACAUAGGAUGCUGAAUGGUGUGGCAGAUGCAAUGGCAAAGUAUGGAAAUAAACUAGCAAGGAAUAAGGCACUAGCCAUUAGGACUUAUGUAUCUAUGCCUUCCUUUACUAUAUUAGAACUUUCGUUUCAAUAA